AUAUACGGGACCCGGAAGCAUCGCGCGACCAGAGCUGGUGUUGCGUGAUACUCGUACAAGGGCAUUGUGUCGCCUCCUAGCUUUUGCUCAUGACAGAUCCACUAGGAGCCAUCUCAGAGCAAUCGGACGGUGUCGGGCAUGCGUUCGAAUCACUGAGUCUCAAGGACGAUGGUGUCGUCCAGCAAUUGCGUUCUUCCUCCGGGCACAAUUUCCAACCGGCCAUCGGCAAACUGUCUAGCGAUGUUCUGUCGGAGAUCUUCUCCUUCGUCUGCGAUGACUGCAUACUGACUUCUCGCACGUCGACUCCGGUGGUCCUACCGCACGUCUCUCGCUUCUGGCGCGCACUUGCCCUGGGAUGUCCCACCUUAUGGUCCUCGAUUCAUAUCGGAGAUUGCCCCUACAUCGUGAUGGAUGGGGAAAGAGCCAUUUUCCUAGACAGGGUUGCACGAGCCGUGCACAUGUAUCUAGCUCGCUCGAACUCGGUACCUAUCGACUUCGAAUGUCGCUACCUCUAUGCUACCGCCAAGGAUCUGCGCUCCGCCAUCGGGUUCAUCGUCGAUCACAGCUUGCGCUGGCGACGUAUAAGCAUUUCCGCGGACCUGCUCCAGUUUCUAGACGGCGCUCGAGGGCACCUCCCGCUGCUUGAGAGUGCCGAAGUUAUGGACGCCGACUGUGGGGAUAUUCCUUCGGGAUUCGACCUCUUCUCUGACUCGCCGCGCCUGAAGCGAUGGCGGUGUGACUACAGCCUAUCCCGCAUUGUGUUGCCGUGGGCACAACUUGAGGACGUCGCUUUCAGGAUCGACUGCAGACCUGGGCUUGCGCCUGUCAAUUCCCAGCUAUGUCGCUUACGAAAGGCGGUCGUCAACGAUGGGAACUUCAGUGACACAGAGCACCAACCUGACAUCAUACGGCCACCGACGCUCGUCGAAUUGACCGUCCAAUCCAUGUUAAGCCCCACCAUUGGUUUGGUCCCCAGAAAUCCAGCGCGCUUCCUCGACAAAUGCACCUUCGAUCACCUUCGAUCCCUCUCUAUUCGACCAGAUGGAACGGUGGACGCAACCAAGUUCGGCAAUAUCAGUUGGUCCCACGUGGGAUUCAUGCGGAUGGUCGAGCGCUCGCAGCUCGGCCAUACGCUGCGCAGACUAGUGCUUCAUCGUGUCAUGCUGUCUAUAGUUGAGCUGCUGGAGGUCCUGCGUGCACUUCCUUGCCUCAAGUGUCUCGAUGUACGGGAUCCAGUUCCCGCCAGCUCGGCCGAAGUCGCGGCCUGCGGAGUACCGCUUUCCACAGGACGACUCCUCGAGGCACUGACCGACAAACAUGCCGAGAGAUCGGAGGUUAUCGUGCCUCAUCUACAACGCCUGACUCUUCAUGGCCAAAUGGCAACCAAUGAUGCAACGGUCAUAGGGUUGGUCCAGUCGCGGCCAAGCUUGAUCGACCUCGUCCUACAGUUCACCGACUCGGCAGGCUUUGCGCGACCGAGCCCGCUAAGCGAGGUAGCGCAGGCCAUUCUGUCGGAGAUGAUGAAUUGGAGGCGCUGCUUGGGAGCGACGGCGCUCGGCGGCAUGCCAUUUGUCGCGCAGACGGUGGCGAAGUCGAUGGGACCAGUCUCUUGGUAGAGGAAAGACGCAUCAGCGACUUGAGAAGCAUUCAUAUCUAUGUUACAUAUUCAUCCCAAAGCCACCACAAACUGUCGACCCGCCUCCAUUCUCAGAUUCUAGCCCAAAUUAACGUUACUUUGGUCUCGCAGCGUGGCCAGGGACUUAGCCGACCGUUUCAGCGAAAAGUUUGUCUUCUCCGGCAUGUCGACUUUGUCCGCUGUUUGUCCGCGCUGCUU